UUUACUUACAUUCUUUUUUGUGUGGGUGUGUCUGGUGCAGAUCCUCUCGCAUAUCCUCCAAUCCUCUCUCUCUCUCGCAGUCACGCACGAACGCCCACGAAGCACAAACUCAUGUUCACUGGCAUGGCAAGAUCAACUCUUGCUCAUUCCCUCUUCACAUUCCUCCUCCUCCUCUCCCUCUCGUUCAUUCCUUCCCAUGCCUUGUCUCCCGCGGGCACCUUCCUCUUCGGCGGAUGCACCCAGCAACGUUACGUGCCUGGCUCGGCUUAUGAGUCGAACCUCGACUCACUCCUCACCUCGCUUCUCAACUCGGCCACCUUCUCCUCCUACAACAACUUCACCGUCGAGGGUCCAAGCCAGCAGGAUGUCAUCUACGGCCUCUACCAAUGUCGCGGCGACCUGUCGAUGCCGGACUGCGCCGCGUGCGUCACGCGCGCAGUGACCAGAGCCGGCGAGCUGUGCUCGAAAACAUGCGGCGGGGCCGUGCAGCUCGAGGGUUGCUAUGUGAAGUAUGACAAUGAUUCGUUCCUCGGAGUGGAGGACAAGACUGUGGUUAUGAAGAAAUGCGGUCCCUCGGACGGGUAUGAGGCUGGGCCCAUGGGCCAGAGAGAUGCGGUCCUAGCGAACCUGGCAAGCGAGGGCGGGCUGUACAGGGCUGGCGGGUCGGGGGAGGUGCAGGGUUUGGCCCAGUGUGUCGGGGAUUUGAGCGCGGGGGAGUGUCAAGACUGCUUGUCGGAGGCGAUUGGGCGGCUGAAGAGCGAAUGCAGCACGGCGAGCUACGGAGACAUGUUUUUGGGCAAAUGUUAUGCGAGGUAUUCGACCGGUGGAGCUGGACAACAUGUGUAUCCUCAAGCCCAUGAGGGUAAAAGCCCUGAUGAGGGAACAAAGACAUUUGCCAUCAUUGUUGGGUUAUUAGCUGGAGUGGCUCUCCUCAUCAUUUUCAUCGCCUUCGCCAAAAAAGUUGUUGAAGGAAAUGGUAAGUGACUUUGCAUCUCCUCCAAUCAAAAUCCCAAAGAACGCUUUGAAUUGCUCUUGCUUUUGAGUGGCCCCUCCCUUUUGCUUCUUUAUUUCCUCUUUUUUUCUCCUUAUGAUGACUGCUGUUCCCCUGACAUUGCCUUUUGAGUACUGGCUUUACAUGCAAAUCAUCCCAAAAAGCAAAAGAUGCGGAAGCCUAUGAAGGGCUUGGUGACCUUGGGAAAGAUGGGAAAUAAUGAUGAAUGUUUUAUGUCGCUAUACAUUUUAGUGAAAGGGGCAAAAAAAAAAAAGGUGGUGGCUUUGCUCUCCACUUCACAUAAAGUUGCAGUGUCUCAUCUGGUAGUGGAGGAGGAACUGUCCCUUUUAUGCAUGGUGUUCUGUUUACUUUUGAAUUAGAGCCAUCCCUCAUCAGCUGUUGCUUAUUUGUUGUGCAUAUAAAUUUAUGAGUUCUAUUGUAUGUGUAAGUAAUGCAAUUGCAUUUUUCUUUUUA